AUAAAUGAAGUGUUGGCACCAGAGGAGUGAGAGGCACUACGUUUGAUAUCAGUUUUGGCACCCGAGGGGCUAGAUCUGCGUUUGGUACUUGACACCAGAAAAUUGAUAGGCCUGAGUUUUUUCCACAUUCUUGGCAUCAAAAGAAGUAAUAGGCCUGUGUUUGAAUUGGCUCUUGGUACGAGAGAUGUGGCAGGCCUACAUUUGACACUGCUGUUGGCACUAGAUACUUGAAAGGCCUGUGUCUGACUCUACUGUUGGCAUCAGAGAAUUGACACACCUGUGUCUGGCACUACUGUUGGCACUAGAUACUUGACAGGUCUGUGUUUGACAUUACUGUUGGCACCAGAGAAUUGACAGACCUGUAUUUGACACUACUGUUGGCACCAGAGAAUUGACAGGCCUGUGUCUGACACUACUGUUGGCACUAGAUACUUGACAGGUCUGUGUUUGACACUACUGUUGGCACCAGAGAAUUGACAGACCUGUAUUUGACACUACUGUUGGCACCAGAGAAUUGACACGCCUGUGUCUGACACUACUGUUGGCACCAGAGAAUUGGCACACCUGUAUUUGACACUUCUGUUGGCACCAGAGAAUUGACAGGCCUGUGUCUGACACUACUGUUGGCACUAGAUACGUGACAGGUCUGUGUUUGACACUACUGUUGGCACCAGAGAAUUGACAGGCCUGUGUCUGACACUACUGUUGGCACCAGAGAAUUGACAGGCCUGUGUCUGACACUACUGUUGGCACUAGAUUACUGACAGAAGUUGCGUUUGACACCACUGUUGACACCAAAAGAGGUGAAGAGUGGACCAACAACAGUCCACCAACAAUAACACUCACCAACAUGACCCGCAACCUCACCAUCAUAUCUGAAGAGGACCCCAACACUUACCCUGAGGGAGACGCCUACAUCUUCCACCAAACCAAGGUCAAAGUUCCCCUGCUUCUGCUCUACACUCUCGUCUUUAUCCUCGCAUUCUUCGGUAACCUGCUGGUGGUGUUAGUGAUGGUGUUACAUCGAAGAAUGAGGAGCCACACCAACUUCUUCCUGACGAACCUGGCAGUUGCAGAUCUCUGUGUUGCUGUCUUCUGUAUCUACCAGAACUUCGCUUUGUAUGUUAUUAAGGACUGGUACUUCGGUGAGUUCCUGUGCUUGAUGUACCAGUUCGUCAACCAGCUGAGUUACACAGCAUCCGUGAUCAUCCUGGUGGUGGUCAGUGGAGAAAGAUACCUGGCCAUUGUUGAACCUCUCAAGGCCAAGACGCUACUUACACGCAGGAAUAUGAUAGUUACGAUGGUGCUAGUAUGGGUAUUCUCGGCUCUGUACUCCUGCCCCAGGCUUCUCUAUUUCACAGUGCAGGAAUACCCAGUGGAAGGAGGGCGUACAGAAGCUAUGUGUCUGCUACGGAGGGACCAGUUCGAUACCCGCAUUUGGGACGUGGCCAGUCUGACUUUACUGUACCUCCUGCCCCUGGUUCUGCUGUCACUGCUCUACGCCCGCAUCGCUCACACUCUGUGGCGCUCUGGGCGUCUUCUGGCGGCUGCCACAUCACCUCACGCCGCAGAGGUGACAGCGGCUGUGGAGUACGGGGCCUUCAAGACGCAGCACACAGCCUCCGUCAGCUCCACCUCCAGUAGCGGGGGAGUGGCAGGUGCUGGAGUGGAGGGGGGAGGUGGAGGCAGCCCUGUGAUAAACCAAGGCAGAGAAAAGAAGAUUCAUGUCACUCGAGGCUCCGUCAAGUCCAUCAUGUCAACGUACGUCUCCAUCGCUUCGGUGAGAGAUGAAGGGUCGCGCAUCCACCAGCCAGCACCGGAUGUCAUCCCUCUAACCCCGCUAUCCAACAUGCGGGUAGAUGGUGCGGGUAGAAGCAGGAGGGGCGCCUCUCAGAGAAUACCCAGACGUACCCUACACCUCCACCCUUCUCCCUUAGUCCUAAGGGCGCGUCGCAAGGUCAUAAACAUGCUGGUAGUUGUCGUAGUAAGUUUUGCUGCGUGUUCCCUGCCCUUCCACACACGCAAAAUGCUCCAGUAUUACUGGAGCAAUUAUAACCACAACUCUCACGCCUCCUAUAUCCUCACUCCAGUUACAUUCCUCCUCAUGUAUGCUAAUUCUGCUGUUAAUCCCAUUCUGUAUACUUUCAUGAGUCGUAAGUUCCGCACCUCCUCCUGUGAUCUGUUGACUUGUCGCUUGUGGCAGACGCGGCUGUCAAGGUCCCAUAGACCCACUGUUGUGGCUAGACUUACUGCCAGAGACAAGGUGGUCACUCACUUAGUGUGA